UGGGAGUGGCAGUGGGAGUGAAAGUGGGAGUGAAACUGGGAGUGGCAGUGGGGGGAGCGCCUUGUUUAAUCAAUAGUUCAUAGCACAUUUAGUUUCGGCUUGGCAUUUGACAAAAAAAAAACACAGGCUUUCCAAAUUUAGAAAAAAUUUCAAAAAAAUUUCGCAAAUUGGCGGCCCAAUUUUCGGAGAGUCCACGUAGGGAAUGGCGAAGAAGGGGGGACAACAACAGCUGCAGGCGGACCUCCAGACCGACGAGGACCUCGAGCGCUUCAUGGAACGGCCGGGACUCCUGGUUCUGGAUGUUUACUCGGAGUGGUGCGGACCUUGCCUGGGAAUGGUGGGCAGUUUGCGCAAGAUCAAGCUGGAGAUCGGCGGCGACAACCUGCAUCUGGCCAUUUGCAAAUCGGACACCAUAACAUCCCUCAAGCGGUUCAAUAAGAGGAGUGAGCCCAUCUGGCUCUUCGUGACCGGAGGCAGGGCCGUGAACAUCAUGUUCGGCUCGGAUGUGCCCAAGAUGAUAUCCCUGCUGACGAAGGAACUGGAGAAGGUCGUUCAGAAGGCGCCGAGGCCGAUCGCCUACAGAAUGGACGAGCUGCAGCCCAUCGAGGUGGAGCAGCUGCGGGUCAAGAUGGAGGCCAUCGAGCGGGCCGAGCGGGCUGAGUUCGAGGUGAAGCACAAGAAGCAGAUGGACUACCUGACCCAGGUGACGGACUCCAUCAUGGAGAACAUGCCGGACAUCGGGGUGACGGUGUUCGGGCCGCAGGUCAACCGCGACAUGUUCAAGAAGCUCACCGAACCCGCCGAGCCGCUGAAGAUGCAGUGCAAGGAUCGCCGGGUCAUCCAGGUGACCAGCGACCAGUUCGAGGUUGUGAACUUCGGAUGCAAGAACCCCUUGCCGCCGGACGUGAUCGAGCAGCUGGACGGCAAGGAGCUGCUGAUGUGCUUCUGGAAGAUCGACGAGAGCAUCGGCACCGUGCCGAACGUGCUCAUGGCCUACGCCCACGAGCUGACCAGGGAGCGGGUGGCGCCGCCGAACGACGAGAUCCUCGAGGAUCACGUCAUCCCGCCCAUCAUCGCCACCAUGAAGCUCAAGAUCGAGAUCGAGCUGAAGGAGGGCGAGGUGUGGGUCGAGGAGGUCAGCUCCGAGGAGGAGCAGCGGCUGCUCCAGGCCAAGGCCAAGGGCAAGACCAAGUCGGUCGUCCACGAGGAGGUCCAUCCCGCCGAGGAGGAGGCGGGCGAUCUGGACGCCGAGGAGGAGGCCAGCGAGGAGGGCCCCGAGCCCGCGGGCGACGCAAUGGGCGGCUUCCCCUCCAUCCCCGGCUUCGACAUGGAGAUGGACGCCGGCGACGAGAUCGCCGAGGACGAGGAGGAGGUCCAGGAGGUCAAGGAUGAGGAGCCCCCGAAGCCACUCACCCGCACCAAGACGGUCAAGGUGCCGCCCAUCUGGGUGCCGAACAACCGGCGCACCCACGCCGCCCUCAUCUACGUCUUCUUCCGCGGCCAGACGUCCGGCUUCCUGCCCCCGGACCCCAAGCCGGAGCCCCCGCACGUCAUCAUGGCCUUCGACGCCUCCAAGCGCAAGGAGAUCAUGCACGUGGUCGACCGGCACAAGGACGACGUCCCGCUCUACGGAUACUUCUCCAGCGCCGAGCCGGACGAGGCCGAGUUGAUUGCCAACUCCACGGACAAAUACGAGGGCAGCCCGCACUCCGCGAACGACAAGAUCGUGCUGAAGGUGAACAAGGCGCAGUCCAACAUGAUGCUCUCUCUGGUCUCCUACGGUCCCAGUUACGUGAGUCCCAACGUGAACGUCGGCAAGGACGAGGCUCUGAAGUUCUUCCCGGAGGACUACAAGCCCCAAGAGGAGGUCGUUGUAGAGCCCGAGAAGAAGAAGAAGAAGAGCAAGAAGGGCUCCGAAAUACGAGAGUCAGUGGAUGCGGAGUCGAUCACAGCAGCAUCAGCGACGGCACCGGCGGCACCAGCUCCAGCUUCUGCUCCUGCUCCUGCCGAUGCUCCGGCACCAGUGGAAGGAGAGGCACCUGCCGCAGAGGAGGAAGUCCCAGCCGCCGACGUCGCCGUCGCCCCCGCAGAAGGAGCACCAGCCGCCGAGGGCGAGGCGGUGGCCGCCACUGAACCCGGAGCAGCCGAAGCACCAGUGGAGGCUCCUGCGCCGCCAGCUGCGCCGCCCGCUGCGCCGGAAGCCGCACCAGAGGCGCCCAAGGAGGAGGCACCUGCUCCCGAAGCACCGGAGCCCGAGGCUCCGGCUGAACCCGCGCCAGACCCACCAGCCGAGUAAUCCACGCUUGAUCCAUGGGCCAAUUCCGUACAUGGCUACUAAAUUUUGAAGUGAAUUCGUUACGCCUUUAUUAAAUGUUCAUAGCACUGAA